AGGAUUUUCGUAUUUGCAUGGGUGGAUUGCGUCAUCAACACUCAUCAACAAUAUUUGGGCUAUACGAGUACCUUCCUACAAACACGAAAGAACUAAAGAAGAACGAAUGUUAUGCUGCUGGAUUCGCUUUUGCGGUCAGAACUGCAGAUACUGUCGAGCUGAUAAAGUGGUACGUGUUAUGUGCACUUGAAAAGGAUUGUAUGGCACCUCCUGGAGCAAAGCUUAAGUGCUCUUUCGGAAAAGACAAGCACGGGACAUACGCAAACUGCCACAGAUAUGACCAAUCGGUAAUCAACAUACUUCUUGCGAACAUGCAUAACCACAAUCCCAAAGGCUACGUUGUGAAGACCAGUGCCAUAAGAUUUCAAAGACGGGCAGCCAAGAAACUCUCGGAAAGCGACCUUAAAUGUGAUUGAUUAUAUUUUGCUGCCCUUCUCCUCCUCCUCCUUCCAAGUACAGGUCCCCUUGUGCAUGAAUUUGAGUACAUGUGUAAAACUUUACAAAAUACUUGACCUAAUCUAUCUGGCUGACCGUUCGCUCUUACAAGCGAUGAAACUCACCUUUCUCUUUCAGUUUUAUCUAACGCUUUGAAAGUACAAAAAGCACAUAACAUAAUUUAUGCAAAAGUGACACCAUCUUGAGGCUCAGCACGAGGUGGC